CAGGCGGCGACUCUGGGCCCGCAUGGGGGGAAGGGGAAGAAAUUGGGUCCCCCAAGUGCGUCUCGGGGCCCCAGUAGUUGGGUAUGGGCCGCCCUCUGAGGGGCUCGCCCGAUUUUCCAACUGAGCAGCCUGCACAGGGAGGGGUGGAGCGGCGCUGGGUGGCCCAGCAGGAUUCCGGGGCGUGGCCAGCGGGCCAGGUGGGGAGCGCUGGGCCCCUGGGCCCCGGAGGUCACCUGGGUCGGCCCUGAGCCCGCGGGCAGGGCAGGUGGACCCCUGCCACCCGAAAACCAGGCAGUCUGACUGUGAGCGCCCCGCACUUCGGCAGCUGGGCUCCCCUGGCACCUGGCGUUGACCUCGACCCCGGCCCCGCCGCCAACCGAAGUGGCAGCAGAGAACUCCACUGCACACCGGACACGCGGGCCUUGCCAGCUCAGCCUCCGCAUCCACGGGGACGCGGCACACCUAUGACCGGGCGGGUGCCCCGGCUACACGGCAAGCAGCUCGGACACACCCAGACACGGGCAGACGGACAUGUCCUUGGAGAAUGUGGACACACAAAAGAUGGACACAAGGACAGUGCUACUCAUCCUGCAAGCCUUGCUGGUGCUCCCCCUGGCUGAUGGCACUGCCCCCGUCCUGCGCUUUGUGGCUGUGGGUGACUGGGGAGGGGUCCCCAAUGCCCCGUUCUAUACAGCCCGGGAAACGGCCAAUGCCAAGGAGAUUGCUAGGACAGCAAAGAUCCUGGGCGCAGACUUCAUCCUGUCACUGGGGGACAAUUUCUACUUCACGGGCGUGCAGGAUGCCAACGACAAGAGGUUCCAGGAGACUUUCGAGGAUGUGUUCUCUGACCCCUCCCUCCGCAACGUGCCCUGGUAUGUGCUGGCUGGCAACCACGACCAUCUGGGCAACGUCUCAGCACAAAUCGCCUACUCCAAGAUCUCCAAGCGCUGGAACUUCCCCAGUCCUUACUACCGCCUGCGCUUCAAGAUCCCGCAGUCCAAUGUGACCGUGGCCAUCUUCAUGCUGGACACAGUGACAUUGUGUGGCAACUCAGAUGACUUCCUCAGCCAGCAGCCACAGAGGCCCCGUGACUUAAAGAUGGCCCGUUCGCAGCUGUCCUGGCUCAAGAAGCAGCUGGCGGCGGCCAAGGAGGAUUAUGUGCUGGUGGCUGGCCACUACCCAGUGUGGUCCAUUGCUGAGCACGGGCCCACCCACUGCCUGGUCCGUCACCUGCUGCCACUGCUGGCCACGUACAAGGUCACUGCCUACCUGUGUGGCCAUGACCACAACCUGCAGUACCUUCAGGAUGAGGACGGCAUCGGCUACGUACUGAGCGGGGCCGGGAACUUCAUGGACCCCUCGAAGAGGCACUUUCGCAAGGUUCCCAGUGGCUACCUGCGCUUCCACUACGGGGUGGAGAACUCACUGGGCGGGUUUGCCUACGUGGAGAUCAGCCCCAAAGAGAUGAGCGUCACUUACAUCGAGGCCUCCGGCAAGUCCCUCUUCAAGACCAGGCUGCCAAGGCAAGCCAGGCUCAAGUGGCUGUGAGGGGCCUACGGCAGAAGGGCUUCGCCACCCGUGGGGCAGGGGGCCCCUCUGAGACCCUUGCCCCUUGACAGGCCUUUCUCAGGGGCCUGUGGUCCAGCUGAGCCAGAAGGAAAACCACAUAUGCUCUUGAACCUGACAUCCUUCUGUCAUUGCCCAACAUUCAAUAAAACAACAGAUGCAAGGCUGCAAGUGUGUCGUGAGUGUCC